AUGGACGCAGCUGGCCUGGAUGAGGCGGAGCGCCUGAGACGGCAAAAGGCGGCUGAGGACGUGCCCCCGCUCCCACCUCUGCUGGCGCAGAUUCUGGCAGAGACUCGGGCCAAGCAGGCGGCCAAGGCGGCUGGCAAGGAUGCAGCGGCGGCUGGAGGGGAGGGAGGGGCCAAGGAGGCCGGCGAUGACGAGGCCAAGCCCGCCAAGGGCCCGCUCUUCCUGGAGGCGCCCCCGCCGCCCGGCGGCCUGAUCGUGCAGGGCACCGACGUGCCUGCCGAGCACGGCGUGGAGCGAGACAGCGAGGAGGACGAGGAUCAGGCGGCCCCCGAGCAGCCACCCGGCCCGAUCGAUGCCUCUCGCUGCCGGGCCCAUGGCCCGGGCUUCUCGGGCGCCUCCGCGUGCCAGCCCGUCAAGCUCACCAUCACGGCCAGGGACAGCGCGGGCAAGCGCAUCAGGGAGGGCGGCGCGCACAUCCUGGUGCUGGUGGAGCCGACGGCGGCGCCGGGCGCGGCCGAGGAGCCGGAGCCCAUCCAGGCGGAGGUGGUGGACCACGGCGACGGCACCUACACCGCCUCCUACGCCGUGCCCACCAAGGGCAACUACCAGCUGCACAUUGAGGUGAAUGGCGACCCGCUGGGAGAGUCGCCCUACCCCAUCUUCUUCUCGGCGGCCCAGCCGGUGCCCCAGGCGGCGGCGCAGCCCGCGGGGAUGGCGGCGGCGGCGGCGGCGGCGGCGGCGCCGGGGGUGCAGCCCCUGGCGGGCGUGCCCGGCAUGGCCAUGCCCGUCCCCACCAUGACCGCCGGCGGCAUCCAGAUUGUGACGGCGGAGGCGAUCAAGGCGGCGCAGCAGCAGCAGGCGGCGGCGGUGGCGGGCGCGGUGCAGGCGGCGGUGCCGGGCGCGCCGGGGGCGGCGGCGGCGGCCAUGGCGGCUGCAUACCCCAACCUCGCCACGGGGGUUCAGAUCUCGCUGCUCAAGUCGGUGUUUGCCUUCUGCGGCUCCAUCCGCGGCUGCACGCUGGCUGGGGCCAACACCGGCUGCGCGUUCCUCGAGUUUGGGUCGCCGCAGGAAGCCACUGCCGCGCUGGCCAUGAGCGGCGUGUCGCUGAUGGGGCAGCCGCUCAAGGUGGAGCUGGCGUCGGAGGCCAAGAAGGCGGCGGAUGCGGCGGCCACCACGGUGGCCAACCCGUACAUGGCACUGCAGGCGCACCAGGUGCAGCAGUUCCGCCUGCUGCAGCAGCAGCAGACGGCGCUGGCGGAGCAGGUGCUCAACAUGCGGGCGGCGGCGCGCGGCAGGCCCGUGCCCGCGUCGGCGGCGGCCGCGGCGCCAAACUACCACUCCAACGACUCCCAAAACCGCAGCCGCGAGCGCAAGCGGCGCGACCGCAGCCGCAGCCGCGAGCGGGGGCACCGCGGCCACAAGGAGCGCAAGCACCACAAGCACAGCCGGCGGGACAGGGAGGAGCGGCGGCGCAGCCGCAGCCGCGACCGGGGCGACGGCAAGCGCAACGGCAGCAAGGCGGCGGAGGAGGCGGGGGCUGGGCCGCAGAAGAUGGAUGUGGAUGUGGUGGCGCCUGCCCCGCCGCCGCAGCCGCCGCCGCCGCAGCAGCAGCAGGAGCAGCCCAAGGGGAAGGCCACGGAUGAGCUGGAGGCGCUGCUGGAGGAGCUGGGCGAGUGA